UCAAAUAAAGUACCCAAAAACAGAAAAGGCACUUGGAAACAAGCAUCUCUCCACAGUCCACAGUCCCACAGUCCACAGUCCACAGUGCACACUCACACAGUCACCAAUUCAUCCACUUCUCCCCACUCCCCAUACCACUUACCACUUACCAGGUCCAGUACCUCCGGCUUCUGCGGCGUUUCAGACCUGAAUGCCGUUUACUGUCCUCCCCCAUCUCCUCCCUUUCCCCCAUUUUCGCCAUCUCCAUUCCCGACAGGUUUUUUCGCUUUUUAAUUUUUUCCCUUUCUUGCUUAGUCCCUUCAAGUUGAGGUAUUCUACUUGAUUUUCCAACUCUGCAUUUGGGGAAGUAUAUGAGGUUCAACAUGUCUAGGCUGAUAGUUUGGUUAGUGCUUAGCAUAAUGCUAUUAUGUAAUUGGAGGACAUCAGCACAAAAUGAGUAUGUGUUAUACAAGGAUUCGAAACAAUCACCGGCUGCUCGAGUGAAAGAUCUUUUAGGUAGAAUGACUUUGGAGGAAAAGAUUGGUCAGAUGACACAAAUCGAUCGAUCCAUGGCCACUCCUGAUGUAAUGAAGACUUACUCUAUUGGGAGUGUGUUGAGUGGUGGUGGCAGUACACCUUUGCCAGAAGCUACUUCUCAGGAUUGGAUGAAUAUGGUCGAUGGAUAUCAAAAAGGUGCUUUGUCUAAUCGUCUUGGAAUACCUAUGAUUUAUGGCAUUGAUGCUGUUCAUGGACACAAUAACGUUUAUAAUGCGACAAUUUUCCCUCAUAAUGUUGGCCUCGGUGCAACCAGGGACCCUGACCUUGUGAAGAGAAUUGGUGCUGCUACAGCUCUUGAAGUUAGAGCCACUGGGAUUCAGUAUACUUUUGCUCCUUGUAUUGCGGUUUGCAGAGAUCCAAGAUGGGGUCGUUGUUAUGAAAGUUACAGUGAAGAUCACAAGAUUGUCCAAGAAAUGACUGAUAUCAUAUAUGGUUUACAAGGGGAACCUCCUGCUUCUCGCAAGGGCAUUCCUUAUGUUAGUGGAAAGGAUAAAGUUGCGGCUUGUGCAAAGCAUUUUGUUGGAGAUGGUGGGACAACUAAAGGAAUCAAUGAGAACAACACUUUGACCGACAUGCAUGGAUUGCUUAGCAUUCAUAUGCCUGCUUACUCUGACUCAAUUAUCAAAGGUGUAUCGACAGUCAUGAUUUCAUAUUCCAGCUGGAAUGGAGUUAAAAUGCAUGCAAAUCACGACUUAAUCACUGGAUUCCUGAAAAACACGCUUAAGUUCAAGGGUUUUGUUAUCUCAGAUUGGCAAGGAAUUGACCGUAUUACUUCACCACCUGGCUCCAACUAUACAUACUCAGUCCUGGCUAGUAUUCAAGCUGGAAUAGACAUGGUCAUGGUCCCAUAUAAUUACAAAGAGUUCAUAGAUGAUCUAACCUACCUUGUCAAAAAUAACUAUAUCCCAAUGGAGCGUAUUGAUGAUGCUGUUUCGAGGAUCUUGUUAGUCAAGUUCACUAUGGGCCUUUUUGAGUACCCUUUUGGCGAUCCGAGUCUAGCAAAUGAGUUGGGUAGUGAGGCCCACAGAGAUUUGGCUAGAGAAGCGGUUAGAAAAUCACUUGUUUUACUAAAAAAUGGUAAACCUGGGGAAUCUCCUUUGCUUCCUCUGCCCAAGAAAGUACCUAAGAUUCUAGUUGCUGGUGCAUAUGCUGAUAAUUUGGGUUAUCAAUGUGGAGGAUGGACUAUAAAUUGGCAAGGGUUCACCGACAACAACUCCACCCGAGGAACAACCAUCCUUAGUGCAGUAAAAUCUGCAAUCGAUCCAAACACCGAAUUGGUGUACCAAGAAAAUCCUAGUGGCGAAUUCGUCAAGUCCAACAACUUUAACUACGCAAUCGUCGUUGUUGGAGAGCCGCCUUACGCCGAAACUGCUGGUGACAGUGAAAAUCUCACAUUGGCAGAUCCCGGUCCAACUGUUAUCAACAACGUCUGUGGUGCUGUGCGAUGUGUCGUAGUUAUCAUAUCUGGCAGGCCUCUUGUAAUCGAGCCAUACAUGAACACAAUCGACGCCUUAGUGGCAGCAUGGUUGCCUGGGACCGAAGGUCAAGGUGUUGCCGAUGUUUUGUUUGGUGACCAUGAAUUCACCGGAAAGUUGGCUAGAACAUGGUUCAAGACUGUAGAUCAACUCCCUAUGAACAAGGAUGAUCCACAUUAUGACCCUCUCUUCCCCUUGGGCUUUGGGCUCAAUACAGUGUCACUCGUCACUAGAUCUGUAUCGGCAGCAGAAGAUAAGAGACCAUGCAUUCUUAUGUUGAUAGUUACUCUAUUUAUGAGUUUAUACAUCUUGAAGUUGCAAUUUAAGUAGACUUUUGGGAAGGAAGAUUGGGUUAGAUUGAGAUGUGUGGGAUUUAAUUAAAUCUUUUUAGGACAUUAUUCAUCACAUCUAUUGUCUUUGUUUAUUCUUAACUUUAUUUUUUCCAAUGCACUUGUUUUCUUUUUCUUCUGUUUUUUGAGAGGAAAAAGAAUAAAUUAUGACAUUUCCUUUUAUUUAUUGAGAGGAAUAUUUCCUUCUA